AUGUUACAGUAUGCCGUCAUACGGUAAUUUUGGGCAAAAAUAAAGAAAGCGAAUGUUUUGUCUGUCAUGACGAUCAAGUUGACCAAUUUUGGUUUAAUUCUGAGACAUCGAUUUUAACAAUGUCCGCCCCCUGUUAGGCUAAGCUCCAAAGUGUGGCAAAACGCGUUCUAAAUAUCUUCUUUUGACUUCCGAAGAGACUGUAGUUUCCAAGUUAGACCCGAUUUUUGUUUAGGUCUCUUAUUGUUUUCAACUUUUUUACUACUGAUUAGGUCAGUCUUUGUCUCCGAAAUUUAGAAGUCAUUAGAUAAGGGGUUGAUCAGCACUUGAAGGAAAAUAUACUUACUGUAGAAGGUAGUGUAAUCACGGAACGGAAGUUUUGGUUUCAACGAAAAUUCCGCUAGAACUUGAUCUCUUCCAUGUCGCAGUGUGCAAAGUUUUUCUGUACACUUUUUGCAAUAUGUUUACGCUGAGAUGUUUAAACAAUUGAUUGCAUAAAACUUCCUGGUCCAUAUGAAUUUUGUAUUUUAAUUUUGAGAGGAUUUUCGCUCUCUUUCGAGAGUAUUCCUAACAUUGUAGUAGGUGUAAACGUCUGUUUUUGGGAUCCGAACAAGGUCGUCGUGAUGUCUGAAACCGUUCGCAAAACAACUUUCGGCUCACUUUCGACGACCCCCGAACACAAAAGGGGCGUCUCAUCGGAUACCAGGGGGCGUCUUCGCGGCAGGGAGGGGCGGGGAAUAUUAACCUUUGGCUCGCUUCUUAUAAAACCAUCAAGCGAGGGUGGAAUAGGCAGUUGUACCGACCCGUUGUGACAUUUAUAGAACGGUGAUGUCAUACGAGGAAGGUUGAAAGGUUUUGAAAAAAAAUUUAGGGAUUUCAAAUAAAAAGUUAUAUUGUAGUAGGUGAAGGUAAAUUUAGAGGAAGUUUGAUGGGAUUAGAAUGCGAUUUUGAUGGCUCAGGGUAAAACAUGCUCAUAACCUUAACGUAUUAGCUGUAUACGUUAGGAAUAUGGGCUGUAACCGCCUUGGGGUCUUAUUUUUGGAAUUUUUUGAAAAAACUUCUAAAUUUUUAGUCCAUUUUUGGAGAAAAAACGAAUUUUAGGUGUGUUUUUAUGGGAUAAAAUUUAGUUUAUGGACUACGUAUUGUGUGAAAUUCAAUUUUACACAUUUUCCAUCGCGAUUUGCUUUGAUUUCCCCCUUUAACAUCCUCUAAAAUACGUUUCUUCCAGAUCAUCAUCCCAAAUUUUUCUGGAUUUUCAAAAUCCACCGCUCGACGCCCCGCGCUACAGCCUGACAUACACGUGCCGUCUGUAGCCGAGGUCCUCGAGCUGCCUUAACUCCCACUUCUAUCCGGAACAGGUACCCCCACCGCCUGUGACAAUAACCCCCAAACAGAACCCCCGCGUUCCACGCAUCGCCGACCAAGGCGCGGACCCGCGGUCCACCAAACAGCCGAGAGCGGCCGCCUUCGCCCGUCUGGCGCAGCACCGGUUCAACGGCGCCCACCGCACCUCGAGACCACCUUUAUUACGCAGCCUGA